AUGGAGGACCAAACUAAUACGCUCGUUUUACAGACUCAUCGACGUGUUACACGCUCCAUGGUCAAGAACGAUGUGAGUGACACAAAAGUCAUCAAAGUUGAGAAACGCAAGACAGCGCCACGAAAAGUACCCACUGGAGUAGUACUCUCGGCAUCUCGAAUCCCUCCAAUCUCCAAGGAGCGUUUCGGUCUGAUCCAAGAAACCGUCGGAAGAGAUCUGUACAAACUUCUCGUUGCAGCCGUUCUCUGGAACAGGACUCGAGGAUCCCAAGCCCACCCUGUUUUCCAAAAGCUCAUAUCUCAGUACCCAACACCAACUCACCUCGCAGAAGCAUGUUUCUCCGACCUUGCAGACCUCAUCCGUCCAAUUGGACUCCACAACUCCCGCGCCGCCCGGUUCAUCGCCUUCGCUAAGACAUGGCUUGAGAAACCGCCCAAUAAAUCAAGGCGGUACAGAAAGCUGCAUUAUCCCCUGCAGGGCGAUGGUUUAGACAUUGGAAAGGAUGAAGUCUUGGAUGAAGAUGAUGUGAGACAGGGCUGGGAAGUGGCACAGUUGCCGUCACUUGGUCCGUACGCCAUUGAUAGCUAUCGGAUCUUUCAUCGAGACAUGUUGAGGGGUUCAGCCGACGAUUGGAAUGGCUUGAAUGCAGUGCGGGGUUUUGAGCCUGAGUGGAAAAGGGUUGUGCCACUUGAUAAAGAGUUGAGGGCUUAUUUGCGAUGGAUGUGGCUUAAGGAAGGUUGGAUAUGGAAUCCUGAAACUGGUGGUAAAAUCAGAGCUUCAGAGGAAAGAAUGGAAAGAGAGCGUAACCGGUCGAGGAGCUUGUCUCCGGAGGGGUUUAGAGUACCCCGUCGAUAA